UCACCACCACUUCUCCUCUGCAUCCAAUCUAACAACAACAAAGAACCUCUUUCUUUCUCUAUCUUUAUCCACAAUUUUCACUCCCCAAAUUUAGACAACAGACACCACCAAAAUCUCUCCAAUGCCAACUAUUUUGCAUAGGAUUUUCCUUCUUUACAACCUCCUAAAUUCAUUCCUCCUCUCUCUUGUCCCCAAGAAGGUGAUAGCCUUCCUCCCCCAAUCUUGGUUCCCCCAUCAAACCCCUUCCUUUUCCUCCUCCUCCUCAUCAUCAUCAUCAAGGGGGAACCUUGUAAUACAAAAAACAACAGACGACUGUGACCCCUGCCAGCUCCUCCCUUUAGAUACGUCCCUAAUACCAAAAAUGGACCCCACCGAGCUCAAGCGUGUUUUCCAAAUGUUUGAUAGAAACGGGGAUGGCCGGAUCACGAAAAAAGAGCUCAAUGACUCCCUUGAGAAUCUUGGAAUUUUCAUACCUGACAAGGAGCUGACCCAGAUGAUCGAGCGGAUUGAUGUGAACGGAGAUGGGUGUGUCGACAUUGAUGAAUUCGGGGAGCUUUACCAGUCCAUCAUGGACGAGCGUGAUGAGGAGGAGGACAUGAGGGAGGCUUUCAACGUCUUCGAUCAGAACGGGGAUGGCUUCAUCACCGUGGAGGAGUUGAGGACGGUUCUGGCUUCACUCGGGAUCAAACAGGGGAGAACCGUGGAAGAUUGCAAGAAGAUGAUCAUGAAGGUGGAUGUUGAUGGAGAUGGUAUGGUGGAUUAUAAGGAGUUCAAGCAAAUGAUGAAAGGUGGUGGCUUUAGCGCUCUCACUUAAACACAAUUGAUCAUUUUCAUUGAUUCAUUCAUUCCCACGUUGUACAUAAGUUUGGGGCAUCCUAGGUUGUUGCUGUAGCAGACCAAGACCAAGACAAUCCCCUGAACUAAAACUCAUCUCAAUCUAACUAUGCAAUGUGUACUGUUACACAACUUUUGUAUUAUGUGGGCUUACCGAAUUUGUACUAUUGGGCCAGGCGACCCAUGACCCGAACGGGUCAAAACACCAUAAUAUAUAAGGAGGACACCGCCCAUGCGGUGGGGGAUCCAACACUUUUUUACUCA